UCAAGAAGACACCAUGAAAUUCCUCCUUCUGGCUUUCACCAUCUUCACAGGGUCCCAAGCAUAUGUUCUCCGAGAUGAGCAGUAUCCGCACCUGGCCCAGUUUAACCGUGACAUCAUAGACUACCUGAAAAAUAUCACCUUGCUAGUGAAUGAAAAAAUUGAUGACAUCCGAAGACUGGAGCUCAGCCAGUCACUGCUAGACCGGCUUCACAACACCUACUUGGAAAUCAGCAAGCGCGUGAAUUACUUGGAGUCUAAAUUGCCUCCUGAGGUUACAAAAACAUAUGAUUUGGCAGUUGGGGUGUCUCUGGGCUUGGUGGAGAAAGGUAUUAAUGUCUUAAGCCACUUGAAGAGACAAGUGACACCAGUCACAGACAAGGUGGCUGAAUCUCUGUACUCCAUCAUGGCCCCCUUUGCAAACUCAGUCCUGGAAAAGGUGGGUCCCUACACAGAGGCCCUGCGCCGUGCCCUCAUCAGCCGAGUUAAAGGGCUGAACCCCAGGCUGUCUGAGAAGCUAAAGAAGCAACUGCAAAGGUUGACCAAAGAGUUGGCUCCAUUAGUCCAAACCCUCCAGAAUCAGUUGCAAGAAUUCCAGGCUUCCUUAGAACCUUGCACCGACCAUAUCCAGGAGAAAUUCAAGGAAGGCAUGGAGAGAAUCAACCAGCAUUUGCAGCCAUACGUGGCUCCGAUUCUUGAGACCCUUGAAAAAUACACCAAAGAGUUUAAGAAUUGGGUUGACUCCCCAGAUCUGUGACAAUCAUUUUUCUGCAAGCAAAGGCAAGUAGAACCUUGGUUGAUCCCUACUGAGAAAUCA